CCUUGUUUGACAUUUGAAAAUAUAUUUUUGACUGUAUAGGAUACAUUUUUAUCAAAUAUGGAUGACCUGAAAUCUUAAGUGGAUAAAAGUGUACAUUCAUUGAAAUGUAAUACUGAGAAAUACAAAAAGAUUUAAUAAUUCAAAUAGAGAAUGGAUGAUAUAAUAAGGACUACAUAGUCUUAAAUUUAUUUAAAUUUUUAAUCAAUUAUGCAAGAUGAAAGUAAUGAAUAGAAAUCAACAGACAAUAUAUCAAUGCCUUAAACAAUCACUUUAAACUUAUCAUAAAUAGAUUAAUUAGGAGAUACCUAAUAAUUAUUAAUAUUAGAUAAAGAUAGUUUUGAAAAUUUAGAAAAUACUUAAAAUAUAAAAAUGAUUCAGAGUAAUUUAACAAGUACUUCAAAAUAGAAAUUAGAUGAUACGAUAUGUCCUUUAAUGCCAACACUUUAAUUUUUAGAUAAAACUACAAAAAGAGGUUUUUUAGGUAAGGCUAAAGUCAAAUUUGAAGAGGGAGCCAAGAUUAUUUCAAUGUAAAAGGAUACAAUUAUUAUAUCAUAAGAGUUGUAUUCUCAAGAUAAUGUAGAGAUACGUAUACGUAUACUCUCAUUUCUUCAAGGAUGUGUUCAUUUUGGAUAUGUUGAAUAAACGACUUGUGAAUUGACUAAAAAUAUUAAUAAUGUUGGUAAUUGGGCUUGUUUAUAUAAUUAAUGUAAUGAUCAUCCAAAAAUGGAGAAAUUAUAAGAUUUUUGCAUAUAGAUUGACAGUAUUAUAGGAUUGAAUUUAAACUUUAUAGAAGAUAUUGUUAGUCUUAGAUUAUUUACAAGAGAUGGAAUAUUGAUUUUAUAUUAGAAAAAGGGAUCUUUAAUGAAAUAAAAGCAACAUAUUUAUAUAUCAUGUUUAGAAGGAUUAGUUAAAUUAGAAGUUUUAAAUUGA